AUGGGAUUCCGCAUCACCACCUGGAAUGUUAAUGGUAUCCGCAACCCGUUCUCCUAUGAGCCAUGGAGAGGGACACGCACGUUCGAGUACAUGUUUGAUACACUUGAAGCGGAUAUAGUCGUACUUCAAGAAACCAAGAUUCAGCGGAAAGAUCUCCGAGAUGAUAUGGUCUUAGUGCCUGGGUGGGACUGUUAUUCGGGUGUUGUGAUCUAUACACGCAAUGCCACAUGCUCUCCCAUCAGGGCAGAAGAGGGUAUCACUGGGGUUCUCUGUUCACCGAAAUCCGCAGUAUCUUUCCGUGACCUUCCUAAAGAGCAGCAGAUUGGCGGAUACCCGACAGAUGAUCAGCUUUCCAGGCCUACAGCGGGUUCUGAAGGACUAGAUUCUGAAGAAGAGCAAGACAACGUGGGCUCAAAUUCUGAUACCAUCACUGAUGCAGCGACCAUCGACUCCGAAGGACGCUGCGUCAUUCUGGAGUUUCCUGCAUUCGUUCUCAUUGGUGUCUAUUGCCCUGCCAAUCGGGAUGAGAGUCGCGAUAACUUCCGAAUGGGUUUCCUCAAUGCUCUGGAUUCUCGGGUCCGUAACCUGACUGCGAUGGGGAAACGUGUGGUUGUGACCGGGGAUAUCAAUAUCGCAAAGCAAGCUAUUGAUGCCGCACAUGGAAUUGAGGCCAUACGGAAAGGUAUAAUGACAGAAGAGGGUUUUAUAUCACGCCCUUCUCGACGCUUAUUCAACCAUUUGAUAUCGGACGGCGAGGUUGUUGGCGAACGCGACGAAGGCAGGGAAGAGGCCGUCCUUUUUGAUAUCUGCAGGGCAUUCCAUCCGGGCCGCACAGGCAUGUAUACAUGCUGGGAUCAGAAGCUCAAUUCUCGACCAGGGAAUUACGGCGCAAGGAUUGACUAUGUGUUAUGCAGCUUAGACAUGCAGGACUGGUUCUCUGAUGCAAACAUCCAAGAGGGAUUGAUGGGAUCAGACCACUGUCCUGUAUAUGCUGUCAUCAAGGAGACCGUAAAUCAGGCUGGAGGCGAGGUCAAUAUUCGGGAUAUUGUCAACCCACCGGGAAUGUUCAAAUGUGGCGAACGUCAACAGGAUCGCUCAGCUGAAUGGGCAUUGCCCGCCUCUGGGCGCUUACUCCCUGAAUUCGACGUUGAUAAGCGUAGGAGUAUCAAGGACAUGUUCACUCGCAAAUCUAUGAGCGCCCCAUCCCAAUCAGAAUCAGUCAAACCUGCCAUCAGUGAGGCUAGCACGCCCACGGCUGAAGCCACAGCAUCGAUGGUGAUGACCACACCGUUCGGAUCCAAUGACUCGCCCAAACAAGCUUCUGCGUCCACGUCUGAGAGAGAUCAAUUAACUCAAUCCUCUUCCCGUAAGCGCUCGCGGCCAUUGACUACGAUGUCGGCGAAACGGUCCAAGUCCGCCAUAUUGCCGUCUCCUGGCGAUUCUGCGUCUGGCCAGAAGACAUUAACGGGUUUUUUCAAGCCAAAGACUCUGAAUUCAUCACAAGUGGACGAGAAAGCCCAGGACGCCAGUUCACAAUCUCAGAGCACUCCUAGAGAGAACACUGGGACUACUGAAUUACCAACUGAAGAAGUUCCCUUGGACAAUGAUACUGUCGUUGAUCCAAUUGUCAGCAAAGAAGAUUGGUCUAAGCUAUUCACAAAGAAGUCUGCUCCGCUAUGCGAAGGACACCAAGAGCCGUGUAUUAGCCUGACCACGAAGAAACCCGGCAUGAACUGUGGCCGUUUGUUUUGGAUUUGUCCUCGACCAUUGGGCCCCAGUGGAGAAAAGGAACAAGGGACGCAAUGGCGGUGUCCCACUUUCAUCUGGGCGAGUGAUUGGAAGUCCCCAGGCGCGACACACGCGCGGUAG